UGCCAGAACCAAACACAGCUGUCCUUAGACGAAAACAUGUUCACAGUGGCUCUAGUGCUACCUUCUGCUUUAGACUGUACCGUGCUCUCCCACCGCUUCCCUACACACUCCCAGCCAUGUCGUCUAGCACUCGCGUUGCGCUGGUGACCGGGGCCAACAAGGGCAUCGGCUUUGCCAUCACCCGUGACCUGUGUCGCAAGUUCUCGGGGGACGUGGUGCUCACCGCGCGGAACGAGGCGCGGGGCAAGGCUGCUGUGCAGCAGCUGCAGGCGGAGGGCCUGAGUCCCCGCUUCCACCAGCUGGACAUCGACGACCCGCAGAGCAUCCUCGCCCUGCGCGACUUUCUGCUCAAGGAGUAUGGGGGACUGGACGUGCUCAUCAACAACGCGGGCAUCGCCUUCAAGAAUGCUGACCCAACUCCCUUCCACAUUCAAGCAGAAGUGACAAUGAAAACCAACUUUUUUGGUACCCAACAAGUCUGCACAGAGCUACUCCCUCUAAUAAAACCCCAAGGCAGAGUGGUGAAUGUAUCCAGCAUGCUGAGCCUCAGGGCCCUGAAAAACUGCAGCCCGGAGCUGCAGCAGAAGUUCCGAAGUGAGGCCAUCACAGAGGAGGAGCUGGUGGGGCUCAUGAACAAGUUUGUGGAAGACACAAAGAAAGGAGUUCAUGCGAAGGAAGGCUGGCCUAAUAGUGCAUAUGGGGUGCCCAAGCUUGGGGUGACAGUCCUAUCCAGGAUCCAGGCCCGGAAACUCAGCGAGCAGAGGAGAGGGGACAAGAUCCUGCUCAAUGCCUGCUGUCCAGGGUGGGUGAGGACAGACAUGACCGGACCAGAUGCCACCAAGAGCCCAGAAGAAGGAGCAGAGACCCCUGUGUACUUGGCCCUCUUGCCCCCAAAUGCAGAGGGGCCUCACGGGCAGUUCGUUCAGGAGAAAAGAGUAGACCAAUGGUGAGCUCAACUCUCUCCUCUUCCCACAGCUCCCCUCCCUCCUUGGACCCUCUUGGUAAGGGCUAUGGACAUUUGUAAUGUACUAACACCACUCACUAAUCUAUCACUCAUUAAUUAGUUGUCUCAUUGACCCUUGUGAUUCUAUGACUUACUUUAUGUUUCUGCUCUAAUACAGGAUAAGAAAUAGAGCAUUCUGUAAGAGAAAUAAAUAACUGCUCCAUUAAGCAUCA